UAGCCUUGCUUAAACCCCGGUACGUAUCAAUUACAUACUUCCCUGUGCUUACAGGCAUGCAUAAACCCUUUUCAUUGCCUAUAUAACCUCAUAAGUGUUCCUCUCAGGUAUGUCGUCUGCCACCUUACCGCUACUUAUGCCCAGCCCAAAUCAGAGUAAUCGAGUUGCCAGUGGGUACUCGCAGUUAUCACAACUGAACACUCCCCCAGAUGAUUUUUUCGACGAAUUUCCACCCAAAUGGAAUGCUCCAAAACCCUUUAUUUCUCGGCAUAUCUUCCAAAUAUGCUGCUUCAUAUUCACCUGGCGCAGCGAUCUGCACUGGUUACACGACCUCUUGAAAGAAGGAAACUCCUGGGAAGAGCUGCAUAGUCGAUAUCUGACCCAGCUCAAUCAAGUGAGCACAGUGCAAGGACUCGUGCUUGCCACUGCGGCGGUCUUUAUCUCCUCAAAUCCGCCACUUGCGAAAGAUGUCAACUAUAUAUCUAAUUCAUCUUACGCCUGUUUGGCGGAGUCGCUUAUCUUCUCGUUGUUUGGGCUAUUGUUCCAGUUAAAGGUAUCUGCCUCCGGAAUCAUUUUUCAACAACGUAGUGCUGCAAAAGUACGUGUCGUUCGUUGUCGGGGUGGCAGGUCAGAGUUGACCUCUCACCACAGAUCAUAAUCGAGAGGCGCUGGAGAAUAUUCUGGCACCUCCUGGGUUUGGCAGUGCCAAUCAUCAUCUUUACCAUAUCAGUGGUACUUCUGCUCAUAUCCAUCGUGCUCACGGGAUUCGCAUCUCACUCCGAAACUGUUCAAAUUUAUCUGAGCAUAACAUUCGCUUUCCUUGCCACUUGUCAUUUGGUAGCGAUUCUGGGUUCACCAUUCUAUCACCAUUUUUCAAACUUAUGCUUCUACAUUCUUCGCACCGAGAGUGG